GCUGGACGUGCUUCUCCCUGUGCUGCUGUGUUCCAUCUGUGUCCUCAUCCUGCCGGCGUCCUCCACCUCCCACGACUCCGAUGAUUCAAAGCUUCUCCACGUGACCAUCCCCACCUCCCCAUCGGUGUUAGCCGUGCUGGGUGGCUCUCUGACGCUACCCUGCCUGGUGUCCCUGGCCCACCCUCCGCCAUCCCCCUCCACCAACGGCCGCCACGCUGUGCUCUCUCUCCCCCGGGUUAAAUGGAGCGUGCUGACUCACGGCCGUGACACGGAGAUCCUGGUGGCCCGGGGGGACAGGGUGAGAGUCAGCGAGGCUUACAAAGACCGAGCCUCACUGCUCAACUAUGCCUACUCCCCCGCCGACCUCACCCUGCGGCUGGAAAGCCUGAGGCCGAAUGACACGGGCUUCUACCGCUGCGAGGUGCAGCAGGGCCUGGAGGACGCUGACGACGUGGCUCACGUCAAGGUCAAAGGGGUAGUGUUCCAUUAUCGCGACGCCUCCAGCCGCUACGCCUUCACCUUCGAGCUGGCCAAAGAGGCCUGUGAGGAGAUCGGAGCUGAAAUCGCCACGCCGGAGCAGCUCCUGGCCGCCUACCACAGCGGAUACGAGCAGUGUGAUGCAGGCUGGCUCUCGGACGGCUCAGUAAGAUAUCCCAUUCAGAUGCCGAGAGAGGGCUGUUUUGGGGACAUGGAUGGACUUCCAGGAGUGAGGAACUAUGGACUGGUCGAGCCUGAUGAGCUGUAUGACACCUACUGCUAUGUGGAGAACAUCGAGGGUGACGUGAUCCAUGGCUCCGCCCCCCAGCGUUUCACCUUCUGGGAGGCCAAGGCCUUCUGUCUGAGUCUCGGGGCGGAGCUGGCCACCACAGCUCAGCUAUAUGCAGCCUGGAAUGAUGGACUGAACCACUGCAGUCCAGGUUGGCUGGCAGACGGCAGCGUGCGCUACCCCAUCGUCACCCCUAGAGAGCGCUGUGGAGGCGGUGAACCUGGGGUCAGAACCGUUUAUCGCUACAGCAACCAGACAGGCUUCCCCGAGGCUCACACACGACAUGAUGUCUACUGCUUCAGAAGGGACACGGGCCCUUAUACUGAAUCUACUCAGGAUUUUCUUGCUACCGAGCCAGAGGACCUUGUUUUCUUAGCUAACCGUGGUCAGGAGACAGUGACUCUUGAGGUGACAGCAGAGGUGAACGAAGACAUGCACCAUGCCCACACGCUCAGUCCUGUAAAACAGGUCCCUGUGGAGGCUCAGUCCCAAACCCUGUGUUACGAGAAGAAGCCACUGCUCACAGUCGACCUCCAUCCGUCCGUCACUCCUCAGCCCGAGCAUCAACAGCACGCUCCCACCAAAGAUACCUGGGAGCCCGUCGAAAAGGCCGAAUACCCAGAGUCCCAUCAACCAGCACCGGACCAAACCCCACAGACUGAUCAUGAAGAGUCUCAUUCUCCUUCAAAUGCUGUCGACAUAAUAACAACUGGUGACGACUCCACUUUAGCCACAGCUGAUGGGACGAUGUCAGUGAGCAGAGAGCCCUCGGAGACUUCAGAGAUUAACCAAGAGAAUCAAACCCUGGAUACACGAAGUGUUACUGCAACAUCUGGAGAUGUUGCAAAGGAGCUGCUCAACAAUUCAACAGUCCUGCACCAGCAGAGUGAGCCUCCAAUGUAUCAAGAGGACCACACUCCGUCUGUCCACUUGGAACGUAUCGCUGAGACUGAGCUGGUCCACUCGAGCACCUCUCCGCAAGAGACUGGCCCCGGUGACGCUGAGGAGGAAUCAGCAGUGACUACUUCACGCUACGCUGAGGAAACAGAAGUUCACUCCACUGCACCUGUGACCCAGGGUGGAGACGAGAGCGCUCCUCUGGAGGAGGAGACGCAAGACCCAGUAACUCAGAGUGUGAUUGGCAUGGACACCUCCGCCAUUUCUGAACCGGUGCCUACGACUGAUUCAG